AUGGGGAGGCUGUGUUCCUGAAGUCCUCAAGUAACUGAUGCAGUCAACUUUCUGCUCCAGAAACAGUGACCCAGAAGUGGGUGAACAGAGAAUUUAGGGACUGCCAAGAACUGAAUUUGGAACCCACGCUGAAAUUGGUUUCAGACUGACUUUUAGCAUACAGGACACAGGACCAUGGGACCCCAGCAUUUGAGACCUGUGCAUCUGCUCUGCCUCCUAGGGGCCAUCUCUUCUCUACCUUGGGCUGAUACUCUUUUGUGCUAUGAAGCAAGAGCCUCAGCAUUCAGAGCUGUUACCUUCCAUAACUGGAGGUGGUUUCUGAUGAGGAGCAUGGUGUGUAAGCUGAGAGAAGGCUGUGAGGAGACACUAGUGCUCAUUGAGUCAGGGACCAGAAGGGGAGUUGUGGGGUUUAAAGGCUGCACUUCAAGCUUAUCUUAUCAUCAGCAAGUCUCCUACCUUGUUUCACCUCCUGGAGUGUCCAUUGCCUCCUAUAGUCAUGUUUGCCGGACCUUUCUCUGCAAUAACCUCACCAACUUGCAGCCUUUUCUGAGGCUCAAGGCCAAAUCUGCUAAGUCUACCUCAAGUUCUUCAAAUACUUGCCCAACGUGUGUGGGCAGGCACAAUGAGGAGUGUCUUCCAAAUUUUGUCUCCACUGAGACUUGUCCCUCUGUUGCCCAUAGCUGUUUCAGUUCCACCUUCAAAUUUCAGGCAGGGACGCUCAAUACCACCUUCCUCAUCUUGGGCUGUGCUCGUAAAUAUCAGAAUCUCUUAUCAGAUUUUCAUCAUAUUGGAAGUAUCAAAGUGACUGAGGUCCUCAACAUCAUACAGAAGUCCCAGACUGUUGGUGCGGGGCCCUCUAGUCAAGAUCCUUCUUGGGGCAUUCUCUUAGGCCUCCUGCUUGUCUUCAGGUACUGACCAUCCAGCUGUAUCAACACCCAGACCCCUUUGAUUAACCAAAUAAAGUUGUG